UUUCUUAUAGAUAAGCUAAGCUUAACUUAAUGUUCUGUCUCAUACAUGCCAGAAAAUUAUUUUUUGCAACCCUUAACAAGUCAGACAUUAYUGCUCUCCGAGGACAGUACCAAGCCAAGCAUCAAGUACCAYCUUUCAUCWAUACCUGYCAAGGCAAACGAUCAAUUUUAUGUCAAUCAUAAAUCUAGUCUUGACAUGCUUGAUUUUGGCAAAGUUGACUCAGUUGAUGGUAUAGCGGUAAAGCGGCUGUUCAGCCUYUCAUCUAGAAAUCCAGGCGACGGUAUGAAUGGAUUUAAAAGUGUUGCUUGGUCUCCCAUUGGAUGCGAUGUUCACARCAGGUGCAUCUUGGCAACAUUAUGUCUAGAUAACAGAUUAAGUCUUUAUAUGUCAAAUAAAUUCAGCAAAAAUUGGACAGAAACAGCGUGCAUAUCAAAACAAUGGUCCAAACACUGUCAAAAAGAAUUUUUUCCUGACAUUGAUGAAAAGUUAGGGAAUYUAAAGAAACGCAAGAAAAAAGUAACUUCAGAGACAAUUACUGCMAUAUCAACCAUUGAGAUGGGCUAUAUAAACCAUGUGUCAUUUGCAUGUUUUACUUGGUGCCCUGCRUUGAUAGACUCCAAGGAUAWAAAURCAGGUUUUYCAGGUCAUGUUCAGCAACUUGCAAUACUUGCUGUAGCAACACUAGAUGGUAAACUAACAUUUUGGCAAGUGGCUGUUCCUAUUUUAUGUGAUGAAGCAGAKGUUCAUUUGGUAGAUUGUGACAUUCAGUGUUCAGUUCUGCAGCCAUGUUCUCUUAGCUGGUGCAAUACAGAYACUAACAAAGGGCUAGUGGCUGUUGGAGGUGUGGAUGGUAAAAUUGAAGUCAUUGAUAURUCAAUCACAGUCAGCUCAGAAUGUAAAGUCAAUAUCAAUAAGAUAUCACAGCAUAUGAUAUGGAAUGAUGCUGAUGACUUGUCAGUGAAUUGGAUUUCAUGGCUUACUACAAAACAACAAACGGAGAGUAAACACAGUAUGGUGGCUGUAGCAGCAAAAGGAUCUUCACUUAUUCAGUUUAYAUUAUUACUUGAUGAUGACCAAACUGUUCAAGAAUUCAAUAACAUUGUUAUAGACUGUGAUCACUUAUCGUUUAUUUGUGAUAUGGGUGUGACUCAGGAUGGCAGUGUUUUUACGUGUGAUUCYGACAGUUCUGUACAAAUGACUGAUAUAGUAACGAGGCAAGCCAAGGUGGUAGAAUAUGACUUAAAAYCCUGUCAUAUACGUCGUGGUCUUGCUGUCUCUCCCAAUGGGCUAUUUGUUGCAUUGUUUCAYACUCCAAAUAUUCACAUACUUCAAAACAAAGGAGCCUACAAACAGGUUGAGGUCAUUGUUGUUUCACUUGUAUCAGAAGAAACAUUAUCAAAGGGAAUUUCUCAGGUYRAUCAUGGUUCCGUGUGGGACAUACAGACMGGGAUAUACCAACACUUCUGUCAAAACGACCCUCCAAAAGAAGGUCCCAUUGCAGAGUUCCUUGAACAGCCUUUACAAGACCUUUCUAUCCCAUCAAUGUACAUMAGAUAUCAUUUGACAGAUCACUUUUCUAGCCAAUCAGAUGACAGUUUUACGGCAGAUGACAACAUCCUGGAUGGACAUGAUUGGAAACAAGAAGCUAWGGAGAUUGGGAAAGAGAUUGUUAAAAUGUUAAUGAUGUCAUCAUUGAAGUCCAAAGUAGACAACCAUAGGAAUAGCAAGCUAACUGAUAAAGAGCGUAGAUCACUGUUGAUAAUGAGUGACUGGCUGGUGAUGAACUACAGUGAUCCUGUCACGCUAGACCUUGCGUUACAAGUCUAUGGCAUGACAAAUGAACGUAACAGUAUCGCCUUAGCAACRCAGAUACGGCAAAACGGAAUCAUGGGUAAAAUGGCUAGCGUUGAUCCUUUGAAGUGUGGGAUUCAAGAAGAUGAAAGAGCAAACGGAGAUGAACCUUCUUCCAAACGACUGAAAACAAGCGAAAUAUCAUCACUUGCUUUACCUUGCAGAGAGCAGUGUGUAUUUUGUCAAUCAAACAUACCGCUUGUCAGUUUGAUMAGAGGACAAUGUACAAAUGGACAUGUGUGGAAACGUUGUGUUGUAACGUUCUGCGUUUGCGCAGACUAUAUGUACCAUCGGUGCCAAGACUGCGAGAAUUCUAUAUCGUUGAUUGGGGAUGACGAAUCACCAUGGUUACAAGAAUUGCUAGGGAAGUCACGUGUUUGUUCUAUAUGCCGUGGUUGGAAAGACUCUCGUCAGUGAUUAGAAUCGAGCCCGUCGUUCUUAUGUAAAUUCUAAUACAUAUAAUCCAUUUCCACU